GAUAUCUAAGAUACGAGCCACCGUUUUUGGCACACCUGUUCAUGCAUCUUUUCUUCACAUGUUGUGAAAAUUUCAGACCCAGGGCUCUCAAGGUCAUGUCAACAGGUCACGUCAAGUGACCUCACCUCAGAAAAAGUUGCAAUCCUCGACAUAGCUACAUCUACUACUGAAUGAUCACCUUGAAACUUUCAGCGAUUGAUAAGAGUAACAGUAUGUACAAAAUUUAUAUCUCAAAAUUUUGAUAUUGGUGACCUAAGGUCAGGUCAAUUUUGUGACCUCUCCAUUACCUAUAGGUGUUCAGCCAUUCCUGGUUCCCUGGAAGACUUGGUGAAGGAUGGGGUCUCUUGGCUUUUGUCAGCUGGUUUUGCUGACUCUGGCGCUGAAUGCAGCCGGGAACAUCGCUGCACCAACUACGGCACCACCAGCGAGUGACGCGCAGCUGGAAGCGGAGCACGAUAUGCUGGGAAUACGGCUGAUCAGACACCCGGCCUGUGCCGCGGACAUACACAGGAUCUGUGCCGAAGACAAAAGCAUCACGCUCAAUGAUAAAACCCCAAACAUCGAUGUGAUUGGUUGCCUGCUCGAUCAACAGGAGGAGCAGGAGGAUGCUGGUGUGUCAAAGGAAUGUCAUCAUGUUUUGUGGCAGCUGCGUCACAACCUAACGCGCAGCACCAGUCUGGCACGAGCAGUUGACACAGCGUGUUCCAAGGAGCAGUUUAAGAACUGUGACCGCUCCGACCCCCAGCCGGGCCACUACGUCUCCUGCGUCAUGGAACACCUGGACGAUGUCGAGGACGAUGAGUGUGCCGAGUUCCUGGAGAACCUGAGCGUAAUGAUUUUCUCCGACUAUCGGAUGAUUUACAAGUUCGCGCAGGACUGCGGGCCCGACAUCGACAAGCAUCAGUGCGGCCGACUCGAGGAUGAUGACGAGAAUGUCCACAGCCAGGGGAAGACAAUCGAGUGUGUCUCGUCACACAUGGACGAGCUGUCGGAUAGCUGCAAACUCCAGGUGCUGCGCGUUGCCGAGCUGCAGGCCGAGGAUUAUCACAUGGACCGACCGCUCUACUUUGCCUGUCGCGACGACCGGGAGCGCUUCUGCGCCAAUAUCGUCUCCGGAAACGGCAAGGUCUACCAGUGUCUGCUUCACCACAAAAUGGAACAGGAGAUGAGCAAGAGGUGUCGUCAGCAACUGACCCGCCGCCAAAAGAUGACCGCUGUCGACUACAAGGUGGACAAGCGACUGCGAAAGGCGUGCAAACCGGAGCUGGCGGCGAGCGGCUGCCACCAGGCCGGCGGCCAGCCCUCGGACACGGCGGCCGCACACUCGGUCAAACUGUCGUUCGUGCUGCUUUGUCUGGAGGAUCAUCAGAAGUCAGGUCACACUGUCAGCGGAGAGUGUCUUCAGCAGGUGACCGACCACCGGCGCGCCCUCAUGGAGGACUUCAGUAUCUCUCCGGAGGUCGUCAUGGCCUGUGCUGAGGACAUCCCGCGUCUCUGCGAGGAGGAGACGCAGAACAAGAACGGCAAGGUGAUCCACUGUCUGAUGAUGCACUCCAACCCGGCCCACUUUGCCGAGGAGCAGCUGGUCUCGGCGCAGUGCCAGCGGCAGGUGGAGGACCUGCUGACGGUAGUCGAGGUGGCCGACCAGUGGAACGUGGACCCUGUACUACGCCAGGCCUGCUCGCCAGUCGCCAGAGAGGCGUGCGCGGACGCCGAUCCCGGAGAGAUGUUGUCCUGUCUGGCCGAGGCGGUCGGCACGGAGGCGAUGACGCCCGCCUGCGAGCAGGUGCUGCUGCAGAUUCAGUUCUUCAUGUCCAGGGACUUCAAGCUUGACCCGCAGCUCUACAAGGCGUGUCACGAGGACGCGCGGACACUGUGCGCGGCGCCCGAACACUGGUGGCAGCCGGAGACGGACAGGGGCGGCGUGGACCGCGACCCGAACGUGCUACCCUGUCUCUAUCGCAACAUCUACCACGCCGACGAGACGCAGGGCAAGGUGUCCCCCGGGUGUCGGGCCGCCGUCCGCCGCGUCAUGAAAAACCGGGCCGAUCAGGUGGAUCUGCACCCGCGCAUACAGUCCGUCUGUAUGACCGACCUGGCCAAACUGUGCUCCGAGCACUCUCAGCGUGGACACGAGAUACGCUGCCUGCAGGAUAACUACUUCACGCUAUCGCCCCAGUGUCAUAAGGUCAUCAAGUCGGUGACGGAGGACGAGGCACGGUACAUCGAGCUGAACCCCGAGGUGGCCAAGGCCUGCAAACAAAUCAUCAAACAGAACUGCAUGAAACACGUCGAGGCCGGUGGUGACGGCGUCAUGGAGUGUCUGAUCCGCCACAAGAGCGAUCGGGACGUGCGUCAGGCGAGCAAGUGCUGGGCUGCCAUCAACCACUUUCAGAUUAUCAGCAUGGAGGACUACAGCUUCAGCUUCCGCUUCAAGCAGAACUGUCAGGAGGAUGUGGCCAUACACUGCCGCAAUGCCGAGAAAAAGGCGGAUGUCAUUCACUGUUUGAGCGGUAUUAUGCUGAAUAACACUCUGGCUGACAAGCCACAGCAAAUCUCCGAAAAGUGCCGACGUCAGGUGCAGCUCCAGCUGCGGGAAAGGGAGGAGAACGAGGACCUCGACCCGCGCCUGAACGCCCAGUGUGGCGCCGAUAUACACAAGUACUGCAAGGAGGAGUCAGAGACCAAGGGAUCGGGAAAGGUGCUCGAGUGUCUGCGGGAGCACGUGAACGACCUCUCCGCGCCGUGCUCCAAGCUGCUGUUCCGGCGCCAGCAGCAGAGUCUCAUCCUGCCCAAGGCCGACUACUUUCUGUUCAGCGCCUGCAAGGGCAUGAUACUGAAAUACUGCGCCUCGCCAGACGUGAACACGGGCGCGGAGGUGCUGGACUGUCUCAAGGGGCCGACACAGGAAGCCUCGUUCGACCCCACCUGCGGUAAGGUAGUGUCUCGCCGGCUGGCCGAGCAGAAGCGCGACUACCGACUGCACCCGGCGCUGCGCAGCGCGUGCAUGGCCGACGCCGAGCGACACUGCGCCUCCGAGCUGGCCAAGGUGCGCUCGGGCGGUCUGCCCGCCCAGGGGCGCGUCACCGCCUGCCUGGCCGACGCGUUCCGUCUGGGGCAGCUGACGGACCGCUGCGGCAGACAGUUGGACCAGGUGCUGCGGGAGGCGGCGCGAGACGUCCGUCAGGACCCGCUGCUGGGCCGCGACUGCCGCAACGAGAUCACCCAGCUGUGCGCCGACGAGCCGCCCGAAACUGUCGGCGAGUGCCUGCGGCUCAAAUUGGCCGACGGCCAGCCCAUGAGUGAUGCGUGCGCCCAGCGCGUGGCGCGUAUCGUCGAGGAUGUGAACGUGGACGUGCACACGGACCCGCAGCUGAGCGCCGCCUGCGCGCUGGACCUGCAGAAACACUGCAGGGACGUGCCGGCCGGCCAUGGCGCCCAGCUCACCUGUCUGAUGGAGUUGAAAGAGCCGACCGCCCGCUGCGCCGACAUGAUCGCUCUCAGGAUGAAGAUGAUUAAGGCGGCGAUUAAGGUGCGGCCUGCCGAGACAGUCCAGGACCUGUACGUGACGGUGAGAGACUCGCCCAGCCGAGACUACUUCGUCAUACUGGCCUUCGGCAUCCUAAUCGUCAUGUUCUUCGGCGGCCUCUGCUGCGGGCGCGCCACCAAGCGUGCCAAAUACAUCCAGAAAAUGAAGUAAUUGUUGGCGACUUCAGUGAUAAAUGAAUAUAAAUAUCGUGAGGCAUAAAGCAUAUUCUAUCAGCGCCGGGAUCCAAGUGCACAAACUGUUGCAGCGGUCGGCGGAAGUGACUGUGAGUGUGCGGUGGCUGUAUCUGUGUGCGCGCGUGUUGGUGGCUGUUUGGGUGCGUGGUGAUCUCUUAUUUUACUGAGGUGGCUUGGGUCUGCAGUAGGUGAGGCGUGAGUUCCGUUUACAGAGGCUGAGCUCGCUCUGUCUCCUCCUGCCCUGCUCUUGUGCGAGUGUGAGUGUGCGGGAGUGGAGGCUGGUGUCACGAACUAUGUCACGAGAUUCGUCAGUGUGACUGACGUUGACGGUGACGGACGAGACUGGCGGAUCAAACGGUUUGCGCAUCGACCUUUGUGCCUCAGCGGGCGGGCGGGCCGGCGGCGCCCCGGCCGGGAGCACCACCGCUGCUUCUGUGCCGGGGUGAGAGCACGGAUCAAAGCAGAAGCUACCGAGGCGCCAGCUGAGUCCGCAUUCAGCACGACGCAAUGCACGUGUGACACGUGUGAUGACACGUGGCGAGGUGCGCACGUGUUGGCCCGUGUGGCGUGCGGUGCGUUAUCAUUCGGACUGCGACUGGCCCCGUUUUCUGAGGGGCCGAGUGGUUGGGGGCGGUGGCCACUGGUCGGUGGCUGAGGCUCACGGCCCAAUGGGAUGGUAUCCCGGCCCGCGGUCCGGCACGGGACAGGUGAACGGUUUGAGUUGAUGGCGUCAGCGGCGGAGUGGCGGACGCUCCACGACCGGCCGCUGCUUUGUUACGGUAUAAAAUAUAUGACGCCAGUGGCAUUAAAUCCGGUCAUUGGUUUGCCUGUGGGCAUGCAUAA